AUGUGGGGCGGGGUUAAGGUGCGAGCGCACCACGGCGACAUCUUUCGUGGGUGGAGUGCCGGCCAAGGGCUGGAGAGCCUGCGGCGCCAGUUGUAUCGAGAGCCUCGUCCAUGGUACAUUGCAUGGUCUCUGCAUCAUCAUAAGCAUCUCCUGAGCGAUCACCACUGUGCUCGGCUAUUGGCAUGGUGCACAACGGUCAUGGAUCUUGAGAAGCGACAGGCAGCAAAGCGUCAGGCAUACAUGUACUCCCAACAAGUGUUUCAGGUUAUGGUUCACAGCCACAAAGUGGGAUCGGAGACGUAUCAAGAGUUCUUUAGGCUUUGCGCCACGGGGCGCGACUUAACAACGGCCUUUCGUUGGCAGCAGUAUUUGGUGGAAACAGGGCAACCAUUUCCUCUUUCUCACUAUACCUGGCUCUUACGCGUUGCGCUUCUCUCCCCAAAUGAUGAAAACGCCGAAGAUAUGGCGGAGGCAGUGUGGGAAACGUACUUGGCCCGCUAUUGUCAUUUGAUGAAGCAGGAAGUGACAGGUGACAUUGCCACAUCGCACUUUCAACCCUCUAACGAAGAAGAAACCCGGGAAUUGGAAGGUUUAUUUAAAGCGUUUAAGCAACUUCGCUCCAAAAUUGUUCAUGUGGCAAAACCAGAACUUCUUGAUUUUAUUGAUAGUCUUCCUGGCAGCAGUUGGAACUCGGCCACACUUGACCCCUGGCCGACGGUCAGUCGCCAUCAUACCUUUUCUCAAUUAGAGGCAGGUGUUUCAUGGGCUCCCCCAACUUUGUCACAUCCGCACCUCCGGGAUUCGCUUUUGCAUGAGAGUUUCACAAAUGAUUUGGAAAAAGCCGCCUUUUUAAGCGAUGCGCAACGUGUUGUGACACUUGUGAAUGAGUACUUAAAGCGUAUUUCAGUGGAGAAGAGCGGAGAGAGUGGGAAAAAAUACCGAGCAGGUGAACGCGAUAUUUGGCACCGCUAUUCUGAUCCUUCUGUGGCCGCCUUUCGAAAGCCACUUGUUGAGGCUGGUGGCGUCACAGCAGAGCUUUACCAUUACUUGAUUGUGGCACUUUCAACAACGCAGCCGACCUUGGCGCUUCGCACGCUCCGUCGCAUGGAAGAGACCAAUCUCCGUGUGCUUGAUUUGACACGGGCGGUUAUGAUUGUUCGCUGUGAAGGCUCUCCCGCUGAUCAACAGGCGCUUCUUCAGGAACAACUACAAGAAAUUGCGUUGAGGCAGAAAAUCAAUCACGAUUAUGACGUCACGAGAGAUGUUGAGCUCUUCUGGAAGUUUUCUUAUGCCGAGUUUUUUCAUUACCGUAAUGCGUUGAGCAGAACGGACUUGUAUCGAAUUCUCAUAGAGGGUUUGGGACCUGUUAGGGUUCAGGAACUGUUGACAGAGGCGAAGGCCAACGAUUCAUGCUCAUAUGAAGAUGUGGUUGUGUUUGAUGAAUCUUUUCGCGCGGCUGCCGCCGCGUAUUUUCGAGGGCUUUGUGGCCAGUUGGAUGUGAAUAAAGCGAUGGAUGAGAUUGCGGCGAAGAUGCCAAAGCUUGAUAUCAGUUUGGUGGGCUCUAUGCCUCACUUCAGCGAUUAUGCGCUGCCAGAAGGGGACUUUGUCGCUACAGAUAUCUCUGCGUUACGAGGCAAGUUAGUGGGGUUUAAACGAAUUUAUGUUUUAGAUUCCUCGUUUGUGGAGACAAGCGAACAGUUUCUCACUGUGGGGCAAACCUCUAACACGGAAGAUACCGGGCCAUAUCUAGUGCUAGUCCCGUACUGUUGUUUGCAGCAGCUGGCUUCAACAAUUGAACAGGAGCAAGACAUUGUGACGUUUGACGAGGCUCUGCAAGAGGCCAAUAAAGCUGAACCCUUUAUUGCCUCCCAGAGACUACGAAGUCUGUUUGCCCUUCUACGGGACAUGAAUAAAAACAGAAGAACUAGAGUCCUUCACUUUAGUGAAUGUCUUAUGGCGCAUUCUGUGGAAUCGUCACAGAUCAAGGCGGCAGGACUUGAUCCUACUUCCUCAGACAACGAUCACUUGUUUUUGCUUAUUGCCAUGGUAAGGGCGAUAGCGCCUGCGGAGUCUGAGGUGGUGCUUUGUACGGAUGAUGCAGCGCUUGUGAAGCUCUUUCUUGAUGAUAAGCUCACUUCUUUUUUUGUUGGAAAAAUUUUUAUGCUUUCAUCGCAGCCGCCUCAGGAAGUGUUGGACAACGGGGAUGGCCUUAUUGAUGACAAUCCUGACUUGUGUGUGUCGAUGGAUUUUGAACCUAAACUGCAGGCUCCCGCCCCAUUUGGCAGAAAUCAUCAUGGUUCAGAGGCAAAUACCUUGUUGCCCUCAGAAGCGCAGGAGCAUGAAGCGAACGCAGAUGCGUUGGGUGCCGCAUGGCUCGACAUGCUGGACGGUCAGGAGCAAGGCGAGCAGCACUUGGAUACAGCAAACGAUACUCCGCACCCCCAGAAUGGGACUUCAACGUGGAAGGUUGCGAGGGAAAUGGGGAAUGCCGGCGCGAAGGAAGAAGGGAAGGACGACGACAAAGACGACGACGACGACGAUUUGGAGGCUCGCAAACAUGAAAGUCUUAUGAACAUGUACGAAUCGGAACAUGCUGUUGUUCCGGUGGGUGCCUUAAUGGCGGAGGCGUCAUCGUUGGGAUCUGUGUUUGAGCAGUUUGAUGUUCUCGGACCCGAUGCUCAAAUGGACUGUGCCGUGGCGUCACCGGUGCCGCAGCAAACAACCGGUCAGCCGAAUGAAAGGCCUCGCAAACGAAGUCUGUUGGAAGCUGAGGCACGAAAAAAUCGUGGUGCAUCUAAUAAACAACGAUUUCUUCUUGCAAAGCGACUAAGUAACAUCUCGGGAGGACGCGUUCCAUUUAACUUCCGCUAUAGGAUACUCGAUGUGAACAUACGGGAUCCCAAAAACAAACCUUACGAGGAUGCUUACAAGGAAGGCGUGGCGAAGAAACGAGAGAGUUUUAAAAGAAACUUCAGCAAGUCCUAUCUGGUUGGUGGUGGUUCACCGUAA